AUGACUAUCGAAGCACAGGCUGAAGGAAAGCGCUGCGCCCACGCACACCACGUCGGGUCCCUGCUCCGCCCGCAGAAGCUCCUCCAGAAGCGCAUCGCCUUCCACGCGGGGCAAUGCACCGCAGAGGAACUCAAGGCCCUCGAGGAUGAGGUCCUGCCUGGGCUUCUGAAACUCCAGAAGGACGUGGGGCUGGCCAUCACCACGGAUGGGGAGAUACGCCGGGAUGUGUACACGCAAGGGAUCUUCGAAGGGCUCGAUGGGAUGACCUUCGGAAAUCGCCCGAUGAGCGAGUUCAUGCAAUACUUGCCCUAUGUACAGAUCUUCAAUGCUAUGGGCGUAGACAAAUGGGCAUCGGGUUUCUGUGAGGGCAAGAUCCGUCGUACCAAGCCUAUCUAUGUACACGACUUCUUGGCUGUUAAGCAGCGUGUAGACCCCAAGGAUGUUCCGACCAUCAAAGUCACCAUAUGCCCGCCGACGUGGAUGCAUUCCGCUCACGGCUCCGAGCACACCUACGACCAUGCCGUGUAUAAGAAUGACGCGGAAUACUUCGGAGAUGUGGUACAAGCAUUCCGCGAGGAGAUCCAUGAUCUGUACCAGCAUGGCUGCCGGCGCAUCCAGUUCGACGACGCGGGCUUCUGUUUCUUCUGUUCCGAGGCGAUGAUAUCCAGCAUGGAGGCCAAGGGCGUCGAUCACGAGGAGCUGCUCAGCAAGCACAUCAAGGUCUACAACGCUGUGACGGCUGACCGGCCGGAAGACCUCAGCAUUGGGGUCCACACCUGCCGCGGGAACAUGAAGGGCAUGCACUUUGCUGAAGGAGGGUACGAGCGGGUGGCGAGAAAGUUAUUGUGUGACUUGGACGUGGACGUGUUCUACCUGGAGUAUGAUAACGAUCGCGCGGGAGGCCUGGAGCCUCUGCGAUACCUGCCUUUGAAGAAACACGUCGUUCUGGGGCUCGUCACGACGAAGAGCGGAAAGCUCGAGAGCUUGGAGGAGAUUAAAGAGCGCGUGGACUGCGCCGCGAAAAUUAUAGCCCAGGGCGAGCCAAAGCGCUCUCCUGCCGACGCGCUGGAACAACUCUCGAUCAGCCCGCAAUGCGGCUUCGCUUCGGUCUUCGAGGGGAAUCCGAUAACAGAAGAGGAGCAACGGCAGAAGUUGGCACUGGUAGCACAGGCGGCGAAGGCGAUCUGGGGCUGA